UGUGUUUGGUGAUGAAACGAGAAGAGACAGAGGUAUUUACAUGUAACUGCUGUCCUUAUUGUGUCCUUGCUGUUUUUCUGUCACAGAUGGCAAGUAGCAUUAGUUAUUUGUUUUCCUUUAAAGCAUAGGUCUUUAACCCUGUUCCUGGGGACCCACUGUUCUGCUAGUUUAGCUACAACCCUAAUCAAACACACCUGAAGCACCUAAUCAAGCUCCUCAAGAUUGCUUGGAAAUACAAAGCCAGGUGUGCUGAAGCAGACAAAUAAACUUUGCAGGACAGUGGGUCUCCAGGAGCAGGGUUGAAGACCUCUGAUUUAAAGGGAUACUGUUACAGAUGUAAUGUGGAAUUGAGUGUAGGUGAGGACAUUUGUGGAUGCUGUAGGUGAUGUUCAGUGUGUUUUACUGUGUAUCUGUAUGUCUGUGCAUCCUUAGAGAGAUGAUCAUGCAGAUGAUGUGUGACACAAAGACAUUUGUAUGCUUUAAAGCUAAAGAACUGCUUCGCACGUCACUGAAACACUUCAGCAAAGACUUGAGCUGGAAACAAGUGUUGGGUUGUCAUGUGAUGGAUCCUCAGAUUGCAGCAUGGUUGUUAGAUCCUGCCGAUUCUGCGUCCUGCUUUCAGACCCUGCUUUCCAAGCACUACUCGCAUUCAGUUACAUCCACAUCAUUGCAACCUGUGCUUGGACAAGCCAAGGUGACUCAAGUGAUCUCAAACUUGUCUCUCUUAUACAAUCUAAUGGUGGAACUCCAUAACAAGCUUCAGACUCAGGGGCUGUGGCAGCUCUAUUCUGGCAUAGAACAAAAGAUGAUUCCAAUUCUGGCAGUAAUGGAAAGCUAUAAAAUGCAUGUGGACAAGGAGGCCAUGAAAAAUACUUCAGAGUUGCUAGGGUCUAAGCUGAAGCAGUUAGAGCAGGAGGCUCACCAGGCUGCAGGUCAGAAGUUCUUGGUGUCCAGCAGUGCACAGCUCAGACUGAUCCUAUUCGAGAAGCUGCGUUUACAUGAGCUUUGUGAGAAUAAAAAGCUUCCCAAAACAAUCAAAAAACAGCAGUCCACAUCAGAAACAGCACUAUUACAGCUACAGAAGCUGCAUCCACUGCCAAAAAUCAUACUUGAAUACAGGCAGAUUCACAAAAACAAGACUGCAUUUGUGGAUGGGAUUUUGUCUUGCAUGAGCAAGACGUUCAUUUCUUCCACAUGGAAUCAGACAAGUACAGUGAGCGGCAGACUGUCUGCUAAACAUCCUAAUUUUCAAGCUCUUCCGAAGCAGCCACUGCAGAUUUCUAAGGAACAGUACAUCAAAGGAAAGAUCUCUGAUAUGGUGACUGUCCACCCACGUGCCAUGUUCAUUCCACGAGAGGGUUGGACUUUCCUCUCUGCAGAUUUCUGUCAGGUGGAGCUGCGUCUCUUGGCUCACCUGUCGGCUGACCCACAGCUGCUGAGAAUCUUUCAGAACACUGAAGCAGACGCCUUCACCAUGCUGGCAGCCCAGUGGAAGGGUGUGAGUGAGGACAGAAUAAGUCUGGAGGACAGAGAGCAUGCCAAGCGUAUAGUCUACUCUGUGGUUUAUGGAGCUGGAAGAGAGCGCUUGUCUAGUAUUCUGGGUGUGAGUGCAGAGGAGGCCAGUCGUUUUCAGGACACUUUCCUACAGACGUACAGAGAGGUGCCAUCCUUCAUCCAGCACACCAUCCAGCACUGCCACAAACACGGUUUUGUCAAGUCCAUAAUGGGAAGGCGCCGUUCCCUCCCUCAUAUUCACUCCGCUGACUGGAGCCUUCGAAACCAAGCAGAGAGACAGGCCGUCAACUUUGUACUACAGGGCUCAGCUGCAGACCUAGCCAAAAUGGCAAUGAUCAAAAUCUGCUCUCAAGUGGCUUCUGCCUCUUACACUACCAGGCUGGUGGCUCAAAUCCAUGAUGAGCUGCUGUUUGAAGUGGAGUUCUCACAAUUGAAGCAGUUUGCUGUGUUGGUGAAGAAGACCAUGGAAUCUCUUCAGCACAUUGAAAAUUUGGGAGUGAAUCUCUCUGUGCCCCUCAAAGUCUCAUUGUCUACAGGACCAUCAUGGGGUUCAUUGUGUGACAUGAACCUCCCCUGCACCACUACAGCUACUUCCCUCUGAGUCUCCCGCUCUUCCUCUCCAUCCCGUAACUAUGGUAACCGGGCAGCUGCAGUUCCCAAUUCUUGUUUCUCACUGAUGUAUCUGAGGGCAACGGUAGGAACAAGCUGGAUCGUACCAGUUCUUUUGGGGGGUGGGGGCUUCUCUUGAUUCAUUUUUAUCCUUUUACUGUUGGAUUCGGUUCUUCUUCUCACUGUUAGAAGCUAGUAUCUCUUUGCACGAGAAUAGAGGUAGCUAUUAAAUCUUUUUUGUUGUUGUUCAUUUAUACUGUUUGUACAGCUUAUGUUGACAUGAGUCAUCUUUCAACAAAUAAUAAAUAUGGGCCUUUGUCAUCAAGAUGACUUAAUUUCAUAUGUAUUAUUGGCUUGGUGAACUGAUGGCGCUAUCUGUUUCUCAGCUGCUGUGUUGGAACGUCUGUCUCCUGAUGAAUAUUAAUAAACUCAGUCCUCAUUUAGUGAGGCUCGCUCACUCCAUUUUAAACCCGUUAAUCUUAUCUCUUCGGUUUUCACGGCACCUCACAACUCGCUUAGCUGUAUCUCUGUCUCAUGUGUACGCAGUCCACACACACAUACUGACCCAGAUUUUCAGUGUCCGUCUGUGGCGUCAGGUCUUCUGUGCCCCCUCGCAAUACACUAUCAAUACAAACACGCCCUUGAAAAAUGUUCCAGUCGCUGUGCAUGUUGCUGUUGUGUUUUCAGAGGCGGUAACUGCGCAGAUGGCUGUAACCCCCUCUGAAUGUCAUGAUAUCCCUGAAAGCCUAUUCUUAAAGGUCUAGCGCUGAGAGUAGAAACACAUUACCCUGCUAGGUCAUGAUCUGUCUGUUCUCUCUUAAAGUCAUUAAUUAGUGCUCAGCCUCACUGAGAUUUGGUAUAAGAGAAGAUCCUUUAGGAUGUGUAAUGGGGGGUCAGUAAUGAGAUUACCGGUAUGUUUUAAACAAGUUAUUUGAGUCUUCCAUAUUAAUUAAGGCUAAGAACUAUAUUACAGUUGGCCUGUUUACACCUGGUCACGUUUCUCUGAUCGGAUAGCUGUCUGAUUUAUUAAAACGGUUCCAUUGACACUUGGCCACAUAAAUGUGUCUCCCCGAAAUGGAUACAUAUCCAAUCCUUAAUUCCCCACGCUAUAUGCAAAUUUACCGGAGCUCACGUCAACAAAAGCAACAGAUAUUUUUAUUCACCAGCAGCUCAUUUCAAGAUCAAAGACCGCGCGGCAUCAACACUGGAAACAUAAGUUAGUCUCUCUACUUUUAAUGAAGAUGAUCGUGUGUUGAGCGUCUUGAGUCUUAUUUUCAGUUUCAUUUGCGUUAGUUUGCACGUCGGCUUGCUGAACAGAUACUCAGCUACUCAUUCGUGGCGAUUUGUGUUGUAUUAGCGCCGUCACAUCUGGCUAUGACAUAUCCUAUGGCCUAUUAUUAUUUUAAUAUUUUGGGAGGAGCAAAAUUUGCAUAUGUGGUUUCAACAACCAGAUGCAUUUACAUUUGUUCAGUUUCGUCCCAGACCAGCUCCUGGAGUGGUUUGAGCAAUUGGAUUUUAAUGCGUCUCGAAAGCAUUUUGGAGGACAUUUACACAUGGUCUUUUCAUGAUCGGAUAGCUAUGGGAUCAGAGAAAAUGCAUAAAGUGACCAGGUGUAAACAGGCCCAAAUCAAAGGUCUCUUCAAAGGCCACUGUUGUCGAUAGCAUUUCCAGAGUUAAAUAGUUUUGCCCUAAUUUAACUAGUUUGUAACUUUUGAAAGUCCUUGAUGUGUGUGCAUUUGUUGCUUUUAAAACUUGUUCAGACACACGUGUACAAGCUUUAUGAAUCGUUCCUUUAAUUGAUACAGUAUGUACAUCCUUUUCUUUCAUAAAUCAGGAAAACUUUUCUUUACAUCUUUACAAAGUUCCUGUGUAUUGAGGAAAUGAAAGAAAAGGGGGGAACUUAAACAGCAGUUAAAAAAAAAAAAAAAAAACUCCAAAGGAAACUCAGGCAGUACAAUGAUUUCAGACUCAAAGAACCAGGUGAUCACUGCGACCAAACAGGUAAAGCAAGGUCAGAUUUACCAUAAUGAAAACCUCGAACCUCCUUUUUUCUUUCCUAAACUCCAGUCUACCCAGCCCUCAUUAUCAUAGUAGACCCAGCCCCAUUUGUGGCUCCUGACCCCACCCCCAUGUAUGGCUGCAUAUCAUUUCCCUGCUGUGCUUUGUGUGGGCUUGUUUCUAUAGUAACAGGCAGCCAAUGACUGAAAUGUGACCACGCUGACAUAAAUGGGGCAACUAAUGCCAACUUACACCAGAAAUUGUAAACAUGAGCAUUUCUAAAGCAAAGAAAAAGUGUUACUGCCAACUUGUGAAAUUGUCUUUAAGUGCCAUACAUUUCCAAAGUAUUUCCAGGGAUUUACCCGUAAAUUAGCAGUAAUUUACAAUAAUUAGUAACCCACCAGCACUUUACAAUGCUUCUAAAAGCCCAUAAUAAGUUCUGUGAGGAUGCAGGGUCUCUGAAAGUUGCUUUUGCUCUGACUGGCACAAACGUAAGCUGAUUGUAUAGUUAGAAUUGUGUCUGAGUUUGCAGUUGUUUCCCAAAGUGUAUUGUUGUGGUUUUUUUAUUAAUUUUUUUGUAAACAUCUUAGUUAUAUUCAUAUAGUUUCUGUUACAAAAUGAUCAUAAAAUGUCCCCAAAUACUAUUUACAAUAAAUUACACUUUACAACUUUACAUAUAUUAAAAUGUUAAUAAAAAAGGUUAAUUGUUUUUGUUUUCAAGAAAAAUCAUAAAAGAUUUGUUAAUAUGAA